ACUAUAAAAGAAUUUUUUCUUGUGCUUGUAUUGCAUUCCUGGAAUAAAAUGAACCCCGAAAUGUGCACCACCGGUGAAUUUAGCUGGAUUGUCUCAUAUAAAUCUUUAACAUAAUAGUUGACGAGUAAACAUACAUUGAAGGGAUAUGCAAAGCAAAUUGACUUGGAAAUAAAAGUACAGUCCAAAGCCCGCUUUGGACGAGGACAAUGGCCUAUUCGGCCUCUAUGAAAUAGACAAGAGUGGGAAACUGGUCGCAGCCUGUAAGAACACGUUUUGGAGAAGGACAUCAUGGACAGCAAAAAGAGACGCACCAAUGCAAAGAACCCUGAGUGGAAGAAGAAUCUUGGCACCAAGCCAUGUAUUAGAAAGAUGUUUGGCAGUUCUUGUCCACCAUCAGCAUCCUGUCUCCAGUGUAGGGAGAGCCCUAAGAGUUCCCCCGCCAUUGACACGCCUGGACAGAUACCACAAGAACACAACGACCCACCCUCAAGCAACAGGAAAAGGAGUCUAGGAGAUCAACCUACCACGGAGCAGACACAAGCUUCACUCCCAUCCUCUUCCUUUUCAUCAAACUGCCAGCCUCUCCAUUCUUCCGUUACACCACGUCAACCCCCCUUUCCACAUCUUACUCAUCCUCACCUUUCCUCUCUGUCAUCCUCUGUUUCACCACACGUCUCCACCCCCCAUCCUCUUUCACUGGGCCCUCCUCUCCCGUCAUCCAUUCCACCAGUCUCCUCCUCCCCAUCCUCGGUUUCACUGGGCCCUCCUCUCCCGUCAUCCAUUCCACCAGUCUCCUCCUCCCCAUCCUCGGUUUCACUGGGCCCUCCUCUCCAGUCAUCCAUUCCACCAGUCUUCUCCUCCCCAUCCUCGGUUUCACUGGGCCCUCCUCUCCCGUCAUCCAUUCCACCAGUCUCCUCCUCCCCAUCCUCGGUUUCACUGGGCCCUCCUCUCCCGUCAUCCAUUCCACCAGUCUCCUCCUCCCCAUCCCUCAUGUUAGCAGCACAUGCUUUUGGACAUUCCUACACAGCCCAGUCUGGAGGCACUAAUGUUGCACCACACCUCAACAACAACUAUAUUUUGGGCUCUGUUUAUAUUAACGUGUCAUCUCAACAGAGCGGUAAGUGUAUCUGUUAUGAUUCUAAUCAGCAUCUGAAUACAUUUAAAACAGUAACUUCAUUUUAUAAUUACUCAUGAAUAACAUUAGUUUCAUUAGGUAGACCUUGUGCUUUGCUUAUUUUUCUUCUUCAUAUAGAAUGUGCCACUCAAAUUCCAAAUGAUUUGUAUCCUAAGCAAUGUUUAUGUUUUGUAUAUUCCAGUGGACUUGUCAGUGGCUCCACAAAGCAGUGAUCAAGGUAAGUGAAGGGUGGCCUGACAGCCUGUACCUGGUGCACAUCCAAGUUACAGCAAAGCAGACACAUAGAAGACUUCCUACUGCUAAGUAGAUAUCAUGUGGUGAUUUGGCUAUGUGAUUAUUUCACUUGUGUGCUUUUCAACUGCUGGUCAUCAUCACAUACCUUACCUUUUUUAAUCUGUGUUUUGUGUCCCUGUAACUUUGUCCUUGCAGAGGAUGCUCUCAUACAGAGAGUCAAAGAGAAGCAUAAAGCCAGACUGAAAAGCCGCUGUAAGCACCUGUUUGAAGGCAACGCCAGAAAUGAAACUCUUCUCAACAAUAUUUACACAAAACUCUACAUCACAGCAGGAGAGACCGAAGGGCUCUGUAACAAACAUGAGGUGUUGCAGAUUGAGACAGCAUCCCGAACAUGCACAUCAGAAGACACUCCUGUCAACUGCAACAACAUCUUUAAACCUUUACCUGGACAGGACAGAAUAAUCACAACUGUGAUGACCAAGGGCAUUGCUGGGAUUGGAAAAACAGUCACUGUACAAAAGUUCAUCCUUGACUGGGCAGAAGGAAAAGCCAAUUCGCAUCUGGAUUUCAUAUUUCUGCUUCCUUUCCGGGAUUUGAAUUUGGUCGAAAAACAGUUCAGUCUUCAUGGCCUUCUGUGUAGCUUCCACAAUGAACUUAGAGAAAUAGAUGCAAAGAAAAUUGCAGGUUGUCAAGUUCUGUUCAUUUUCGAUGGUCUGGAUGAAAGCCAACUUCCACUGGAUUUCAAUCGAAACAAGAUAUUGUUUGACAUGACAGAAGAAGCGCCCAUUGAUGUGCUAUUGACAAAUCUCAUUAAGGGGAAUCUGCUACCCGGUGCUCGCCUCUGGAUAACCUCCCGACCAGCAGCAGCCAAUCAGAUCCCCAGGAAGAACAUAACACAGAUGACAGAAGUGCGUGGGUUCAACGACUCACAGAAGGAGGAGUACUUCAGGAAGAGAUUCUGUUCGGAUGCGAACCUGGCCAACCGAAUCAUCUCCCACAUAAAGACAAAAAGGAGCCUCAACAUCAUGUGCCAGAUUCCAGUCUUCUGCUGGAUCACUGCUAUGGUUCUAGGGGAGAUGUUGACAAAUGACUGCAAAGAAAUCCCUAAAACAAUUUCUGAGAUGUACACACACUUCGUGCUCAUUCAGACAAACCUGAAGAACCAGAAGUAUCAUAACAGUAAUGAGACAGAUGCACGGAGGAUCAAAGAAUCAGAUAAAGAGAUCAUUCUAAAGCUGGCCAAGCUAGCUUUUGAACACCUGAAGAAAAGCAAUCUCAUAUUUUAUGAGAAGGAUCUGAUAGAGUGUGGCCUUGACAUCAAUGUAGCUUCAGUGAAAUCUGGAUUGUGCACAGAAAUCUUUAAACAAGAAGAUGGGCUCUACUGCGAGAAAGUCUACUGCUUUGUGCAUUUCACCAUCCAGGAGUACUUUGCCGCUCUGUAUUUACUCUACUGCUACACAACCAAUAACCGUUGUGUGUUGGAGUCUUUCCUCCAUCGGAGGUUUGUUGAGGAGGACCUGGAAGAAGGUUCUGCGGCUUUGUUGGGUGAUAACGGAGACCAUUCAGAUGCUUCGCAGAGUGAUGAGUCUGGAGAAAGUCUAGAGUCCACUAUUGAAGAAAACUCUUCUCUGGAGGAAGAGCCUGAGGAACACUCAGAGUCAUUCAAUGAUGAUGAGGCUGAAGAAGUGUCUGGCUCUGAGUCUUCAGAGCUGGUUCUACAUGAAAAACCAUCCUUCCAUGUGUUACUGAAGAGUGCAUUGCACAAUGCCUUGCAGAGUGUGAAUGGACAUCUGGACCUUAUGCUCCGCUUCCUUCUUGGCCUUUCACUGGACUCCAAUCAGAGACUCCUACAAGACCUACUGUCAGAGACGGAGAGCUAUGCAGAUAGUGUUGAAGAAACAAAGUUUUACAUAAAGGAACAGCUGAGGUUGCACAACUCCCCCGAGAGAUCCAUUAACCUUGUAUACUGUUUGGCUGAAAUAAAUGACAAUACACUUACUGAAGAGGUUGAAGUGUACCUGAUGUCAGGAAAUCGUGGAGGAACAAAGCUCUCACCUGCUAAAUGCACAACUCUGGCUACUGUGCUGAUGUCAAGGGAGAUUCUGGAUGAGUUUGACCUAAAGAAGUUCAACACUUGUGAGGAGGGACGAAAGAGGCUGAUUCCACUUAUCAAGUACUGCAGAAACGCUUUACUUGCUGGCUGUAACCUCACAGAGAGGUCUUGGAGAGUAGUGGCCUCCGCUAUAAAGUCAACAAACUUACUGCGAAAGCUGGACCUGAGUUACAAUGACUUGCAGCACUCCCGUAUGGAUCUGCUCUGUGAUGGGUUGUGUAGUCAAAGCUGUAAACUGAAGAUCUUGAGGCUAAAUCAAUGCAAUCUAACAAUGGAAUGUUGUUCAGCUUUGGAGUCUGCUCUUGGCUCAACCUCAUCACACCUGAGAGAGCUGGACCUGGGUGGCAAUGAUUUACAAGAUUCGGGUGUGAAACUGCUCUCUGCUGGACUACAGAAAUUGGAGACUUUGAUGAUGUCAUCCUGUGGCAUCACAGAGGAAGGCUGUGCUUCUUUGGCUUCAGCUCUACGUUCAAACCCCUCAUACCUGAGAACGCUAGUACUCUGUGACAAUAACCUGCGCAAUUCAGGAGUGAAGCUGCUCUCUGCUGGACUGGGGAGUAAACAUUGUGAACUGGAGACACUGAGGCUUUCUGGCUGUCUUGUCUCAAUGGAAGGAUGUGCUUCUCUGGCUUCAGCUCUGAGGUCAAACCCCUCACACCUGCGAGAGCUGGAUCUGAGCUACAAUCACCCAGGAGACAGAGGAGUGAGACUGCUCUCUGAUGUACUGGGCGAUCCACUCUUCAUACUAAAUGUGGAACACAAUGAAGAGUGCUACUUAAAACCAGGCCUGAAGAAGUAUGCCUGUGCGCUCACACUGGACCCCAACACAGCACACAAAACGCUCUCUCUGUCUAACAACAGAAGAACUGUGACAUGGGAGGAUGAUGAUCAUCUAUGUUCGCCUCACACAGAGAGAUUUAAUGACUGUCCUCAGGUGCUGUGUAGGGAGGGUCUGACUGGGUGCUAUUACUGGGAGGCAGAGUGUAGUGGGAAAGGGUUUCAUGUAGGUGUGGCAUAUAAACACAUGAGCAGGGUUGGAACAGAGCAUAACUGUUUGCUUGGUUACAAUGACAAAUCCUGGAGCCUAAGACUCCUCAACCAUGGUUUCCUCCAACUCUCUGUCUGGCACAAAAAUGAGCACACGGUCAUACCUACCCCCUCUUCCAGCACUGACAGAGUUGGGGUGUAUCUGAACUCCUCACAAGGCAUUCUGUCCUUCUACCUAGUCUACUCUGACACUCUGACCCACCUCCACACAUUCCAGUCCACCUUCACUGAACCACUUUAUCCAGCAUUUUCAGUCAAUGACUAUUCAUCAGUGUCCCUGUGUUAGGUCUUAAAUUGGCCUAGAGAAAAGGAUUAUGUUGAAUGUUUACUAAUAAAACUGCUGUACUUCUGAGUCCAUGAUAGAGAUGAAGUCUAGACCAUAUCCAGUUGACCAAUACAUGGAAAAAUUAUAUUCAUAUUAUCCAUAAUUGUUUGAACUCUUUCCCCCCAGUACAUUGCAAAAUUACAAACAUUUUAACAUUUUUGAAAGAACCUGGAUUCCCAAUCUGAGGUCCUACUGUAUAUGAACUGCAUACUUAUUCAAUAUAGUGGUUGAAAGUUUGACCUAUUCUGUAUGAUAUGUUGCGUUCAGCUACAAGGGGAGCUUCUCCUUAGCUUUUUUUUCUGUACAUUGUUCUCAGGGUUCGGGGUGUUUUUAUUUUUUAGUAAUAAUGGAAAUACAUUUUAUCAAACUAUUACAUGUACAAUAUGUAUGAUUGUGGUCUUGUGUUGUGUAUUAUAAGAAAUGUUCAAAUGUGUUUUUAUAUGAAGGAUUUCUUAAGCUCCUA